GUAAAUCGGACUUAUCCACCUGGGAUUCAAACUCUCGUUCAGGCGCCUUCUAUGCCUUUUUAGAAGAAUAUCGUUGUGUUAAGACUGACAGAAUCCAUCAUGGGCUCGCUAUCAGAAUCAAAUAGUCAGACUCUUGAAGCCGCCUUAUCACAGGCUCACGAAGUCUACACCCAGAAACACCCAGCAUGUCGCAAGAAUUAUCACGAAGCAUGCAAAUACAUGCCCGGCGGCAAUACCAGAACAGUCCUGUUUGCUAAUCCAUUCCCUCUGACCAUUGACUCAGGCGAGUCGUGCCAUCUAACAACCAUCGACGGCACACGCUACGUCGACUUUCUGGGCGAAUACACAGCUGCCAUCUACGGGCACAAUCAUCCUGAGAUCAAGGCUGCGGUACAGAAAGCUCUGGACGGUGGCUGGAAUUAUGGUGCUCACAACAAGCUGGAGCCAGAGCUGGCGAGACUGGUUUGUGAACGCUUUCCUGCCAUCGAACUCGUCCGUUUCGUCAAUUCCGGAACGGAGGCCAACAUGAUGGCGAUCGCUACGGCGAUGGCUCUCACCGGCAGGAAGAAGACCUUGAUCUUCAAGAAGGGAUAUCAUGGCUCCACGAUAUCCGGUAAAGUCGCAACCGGCAAGCCGACCAUCAAUUUGCCCCAUGACUUCGUGCUGGGCUCAUACAACGAUGUCCAAGGCACUGAAGAACUGAUACAUUCACUCCCCAAGGACAGUUUAGCUGCUAUCCUGGUCGAACCUAUGCUAGGCAGUGGCGGAUGUUUCGCAGGCACAUCAGAGUUCCUGACCUCACUCCGGCGCCUUGCCGAUGAGACCGGAGCUCUCCUCAUCUUCGACGAAGUCAUGACAAGUCGUCUCGAUUAUCACGGCCUAGGCUCGAAGAUGGGCAUCACUCCAGACCUGAUGACCCUCGGAAAAUACAUCGGCGGGGGAAUGAGCUUCGGUGCCUUUGGUGGAAGAAAGGAAAUCAUGCAGCUAUACGACCCUAGAACCGGAUCCCUCGAGCACCCCGGAACAUUCAACAACAAUGUUUUCACAAUGAGUGCGGGUAUUGCCGGUUGCAAUCUGUUGACUCGGGAAAAACUCGACGCUCUAAACGGUCUGGGAGAUUCGCUCCGUCAACAAGUCGAAGCAGUACUAUCCAGACGAGGCAUCCAAGGCACAGUACCAGUGAGUCCGCUUGCAGAUGAUAUGCAAUCAGCACAACACCCUCAGCGACCACCCAAGAUGUUCAUCAAGGGAGUGGGCAGCCUUAAUGCUGUUCAUUUUGCUGGUCCGGACAAAGAUGUCUUGCAGAACCUGUUCUUCCAUCAUAUGCUUCAGAACGAGAUGUACAUGGCUCAACGGGGCUUCAUUGCUUUGAACAUCAUGCUGACCGAGGAACACGUGGCACAAUUUGUUCAGGCCACGGAGGCUUUCUGUGAUAGGUUUGACUCCUUCUUGCGAUGGUGAUCGCCUGGGCACAAAAUGGUAAAUACAGGGCUGUGAAUUUGGAUGAGUCUUGUGACAUUUGUGUACAUGCAAGUGUUGACCGCCUACUUUUGAGAGAGACUGAAAUACAAGCUGUAACCUUUUG